AUGAAAAAAGAAAAUGAUUCUACAGUGACAGAAUUUGUUCUUCUUGGCCUCUCAUCCUCCUGGGAGCUGCAGCUAGUUCUCUUCUUAAUAUUUUUGUUGCUUUACAUGGGCAUUGUCCUGGGAAACCUCUUGAUAGUAGUAACAGUCCAAGCUGAUGCUCACCUGUUCCAGUCUCCUAUGUACUAUUUUUUGGGUUAUCUAUCCUUCAUUGACCUAUGUCUGAGUUGUGUUACUAUUCCCAAGAUGUUAGGGGAUUUCCUCCACCAGGGAAAGGUCAUCUCUUUUCCAGGAUGCUUGUCCCAGAUGUUCUUCUUGCACUUUCUGGGAGCCAGUGAGAUGUUUCUGCUGACAGUCAUGGCUUACGAUAGGUAUGUGGCCAUAUGUAAUCCCUUGCACUACCUGACAGUCAUGAAUCGUCAGCUCUGCUUUCAGUUGGUUAUUGCCUGCUGGUGUGGGGGUUUUGUCCACUCUAUCACACAGGUCAUACUGGUCAUUCAGCUGCCUUUCUGUGGCCCCAAUAAGUUAGACAACUUCUACUGUGAUGUCCCCCAGGUCAUCAAGUUAGCCUGCAUGGACACCUAUGUGAUAGAGGUGCUAAUGGUGUCGAACAGUGGUCUGCUAUCUCUUGUCUGCUUUUUGGUCUUGCUCUUCUCUUACGCUGUUAUCUUGCUCACCCUGAGGACUCGCUUCCGCCAGGGCCAGAUCAAAGCCCUCUCUACCUGUGCCUCCCACCUGACAGUGGUCAGCCUGAUCUUCGUGCCCUGUGUCUUCAUCUACCUGAGACCUUUCUGCAGCUUCUCUGUGGAUAAGAUAGUGUCUGUCUUUUACACAGUGAUCACACCUAUGUUGAACCCCCUCAUCUACACACUCAGAAAUGCUGAUAUGAAGAAAGCCAUGAAAAAGCUGAGAAAAAAGCAUGUGACUUUCUACUGCCAUCUGAAGGAAUAA